AUGAGCCGUACCGCCGCCGUCUCCGGCCCCACCGUUCAUCGCGCUGCUUGUGAACCUACCGACACCGAAUUUACCGCCGGCGCUGGCGGUUUCGACACCUUCGGCGGCCAAAUCGACGGACAAGUCUGCGAGACCGCCGUCUCCACCGCAGAAGAGCGUUCUGCGGAAUUUGCAGAGCAGAAUGGCGUGAUUGAAGAGAAGAACAUGGCGCUGAGUCUCGCGACGACCUGGAAGCUGGAAUUGACCACGGAGCACCAACUGGCCCCAACUUGCCACGGUGGUGGCACCGACCACUUGCGUCAGUUGUUGGGUCAGCUCAUGGGCGCGCUUGCGCUCGUUGAUGUUCCGCGCAAGCUGACCAGGCGGCAGAGACGAGAAAAGACCCAAUUUACGCAUUAA